CCGUCGCAAUGGGUUGUUGUUUCUAGAUUUGGAAAGUAGGUCGCUGUUUAUCUCCCACUUAUAACUCAGAUCACUAGGACAUAAUAGCUGCACUACAGAGCGUGGUCGUCCCUGAUCAGCUAGGAACCAUGGCGCUCCCUGAUAGUGAAGUGACUGCUUGCCUCUCUGAACCCGAUCCAUCAACGUCGGGGUUUUAUAUGCAGCAAACCAUGAUGAGAAUCAAAGAUCCUAAGAGAAGUCUGCAGUUCUAUACAGGAGUUAUGGGCAUGAGACUUUUGAAGAAGUUUGACUUCCCAGCCAUGAAAUUCUCAUUAUACUUCAUGGGUUAUGCAAAGAAAGAAGACAUACCUGCUGAUGAUAGCGAGAAAAUCAGGUUUUGCUUUUCUCAACUUGGGACAAUCGAACUUACCCAUAACUGGGGGACAGAGUCUGAUGAAGAAUUUGAGUACCACAAUGGUAACAGUGAUCCUAGAGGUUUUGGUCAUAUUGGAAUAUGUGUCCCAGAUGUUGAUGCAGCUUGUGAAAGAUUUGAAAAACAUGGAGUGUCAUUUGUCAAGAGACCAAAUGAUGGGAAGAUGAAAGGUCUGGCCUUCAUAAAGGAUCCUGAUGGCUACUGGAUUGAAAUUUUGAAUAAAGAUAACAUGGUGAAGGGAGUUAAAUUCAAUGAUUAGACAGUCAAAGUGCCACUGCAUUUCAAGACAUUUACCUGGAUUUUUUUUUCUUUGAAAAAAGAAAUUUUUCUUUCACUUUCAGCUUUGCUGCUGAUAUUGUAAAGAACAAAUGUCCAGAAGCACUGUUAAUGCUGCACCAAAUUGUUGCUAUUCAAUAUAAAUUGUUGUGUUUACACUUCUUAAUGAUGGAAGUGAUGAAAAGGAAAAUGCCUUGAGCUGUUUUUACAUCAUGUGUACUGAUUUUUUAUAUUCAAAAUUUGCAAUAAAGAGCUUUAAACUGCAA